AUGGCAGUGCCAACUAUGGUGUUCUCUGACGUGGAAAGUUUUCUGGACUCGCAUCCCGAGUUAUUCGAGGACUACCUGAACAGAAAGGGGAAAUAUAGCACGGUGGAGAAAUGGCUCAAGAAUCACAUGGCGAGCAAAAGUCCGGCGGCUGCAGCUGCCGCCCAGUCGAGAGAGGAGAAGGGCAACGCGUGUAUGGACAGCUGGGCCAGCCAGCGCGAUGGCCUGCAGAGGAGAGUCUCGCAGAAGGAGCUGCGCAAAACUUUCGCCAGAUCGAAGGCCAUGAAUGUCAACAGGACGUACGACGAACAUGUCAAUUCCAGGGCCCAGGAGCCCCUGACGAGCAUGAGGAGGAGAGCUCUGCUGAGGAAAGCCAGCUCUCUGCCCCCGACCACUGCGCACAUACUGAGCGCACUGCUGGAGUCCAGAGUCAACAUCCCCCAGUACCCGUCCACAGCCGUGGAUUUCAAGUAUUACCUCAAAGAACACAACGAGAGAGAGUUUUUCCUGGAGCUUGUAAAAGACAUAUCUAACGACUUGGAUCUAACGAGUCUCAGCUACAAAAUCCUUGUGUUUGUUUGUAUUAUGGUCGAUGCAGACCGGUGCUCAUUGUUUUUAGUGGAGGGAACGGGCAACAAGAAGACACUAGUGUCCAAAUUCUUUGAUGUGCACGCAGGUACCACUGUGUUACCCUCAAUUCAUUCAGAUGAAGUUCAAGUGCCGUGGGGGAAAGGAAUCAUCGGAUAUGUGGCUGAACACGGAGAGACAGUGAACAUGUCUGACGCUUAUCAGGAUCGUCGGUUCAGAGAUGAAAUUGACAAGCUGACAGGGUACGAAACCAAGUCACUCUUGUGCAUGCCCAUUCACAACAGUGAUGGGGAGAUCAUUGGUGUUGCUCAGGCCAUCAACAAGACAUCAAGUGGAGAACUCUUCACUGAAGAUGAUGAAAAGGUGCUGCAGAUGUACCUGCCUUUCUGUGGUAUUGCCAUCACCAAUGCCCAACUCUUCGCGGCCUCAAGGAAGGAGUAUGACAGGAGUCGGGCCCUCUUGGAGGUCGUCAAUGACCUGUUUGAAGAGCAGACUGACCUGGAGAAGAUUGUCAGGAAGAUCAUGCACCGUGCCCAGACAUUGCUUAGGUGCGAGCGCUGCUCUGUUCAGUUGCUGGAGGACAUUGGGUCACCGGUGGUGAAGUUCACCAAGUCGUUUGAGCUGCUGUCGCCUAAGUGUAGUGCAGACAUUGAAAGCAGUUUCAAAGACAGCAUGGAGAAAUCGUCUUACUCUGACUGGCUCAUCAACAACAGUAUCGCAGAGCUGGUUGCAUCCACAGGACUCCCCGUGAACAUUAGCGAUGCCUAUCAGGAUCCUCGCUUUGAUGCUGAGGCAGACCAGUUCUCAGACUUCCACAUCCGCUCUGUGCUUUGUGUUCCCAUAUGGAACAGCAACCACCAAAUCAUUGGUGUCGCCCAAGUGCUGAACAGGCUUGAUGGGCAACCAUUCGGCGAUGCAGACCAGCGUCUCUUUGAAGCGUUUGUGAUCUUUUGUGGACUCGGCAUCAACAACACCAUCAUGUACGACCAGGUGAAGAAGUCCUGGGCCAAGCAGUCUGUAGCUUUGGAUGUUCUAUCUUACCACGCCACUUGCUCCAAGACUGAAGUUGACACAUUUAAGGCUGCCAAUAUUCCCCUGGUUUGCGAGCUGGGCAUCGGUAAGCUCUCCUUUGAUGACUUCUCCCUGGACGUUGACGCCAUGAUAGCAGCCGCUUUGAGAAUGUUUAUGGAGUUAGGAAUGGUGCAGAAAUUCAAGAUUGAUUAUGAGACACUGUGCAGAUGGCUGCUGACUGUCAGAAAAAACUACAGGAUGGUUCUCUAUCACAACUGGAGACAUGCCUUCAACGUCUGCCAGUGCAUGUUUGCAAUGCUAACGACAGCGGGCUUUCAGGAGACUCUGACAGAGGUGGAGACCUUAGCACUUAUUGUGGGUUGUGUCUGCCAUGACUUGGACCACAGGGGCACCAACAACGCUUUUCAGGCAAAGACGGGCUCAGCCCUUGCUCUGCUUUAUGGGACCUCUGCUACACUGGAGCACCACCACUUCAACCAUGCCGUUAUGAUCCUGCAGAGUGAGGGUCACAAUAUCUUCUCCAACCUCUCGUCCAAAGAGUAUGGUGACCUCAUGCAGCUGUUGAAACAGUCCAUUCUGGCCACAGACCUCACACUUUACUUUGAAAACAGAAACACCUUCUUUGAGCUAGUCAGCAAAGGAGAGUACAACUGGAAUCUGAAGGCUCAUCGAGACAUGUGCAGAUCCAUGAUGAUGACAGCGUGUGAUCUUGGUGCCGUCACAAAACCGUGGGAAAUAUCACGCAAGGUAGCAGAGUUGGUGACCAGCGAGUUCUUCGAGCAGGGCGACAGAGAGAGAUCAGAGUUGAAGCUCACGCCCUCUGCCAUCUUUGAUCGAAACAGGAAGGAUGAAUUGCCAGGACUUCAGCUGGAGUGGAUUGAUGGAAUUUGUGCACCGCUGUACGAGACUCUUGUCAAGUUGAAUCCCAAACUUCAGCCGAUGGUUGACAUGAUCAAAGUGAACAGGGCCAAUUGGGAGGAACUGAACAAGAAGAGACAACGUGGCCCGAGUGUUUCUGCACCCUCGAGCCCCUGCAGUGGAGACGGCCCCGACACAAGCGGCUGCACUGGGCCCAAAACAGGCUGCUGCAGCGGCGAUGCUGACGGAACACCAUCUAAAUCUGUUAGUUAGCUACCGAUACCAUCUCCGAUCUGAUUGCUUAGGCUUACUUCCUCUUAAAUGCAGCCUGCAGCAGAGGCAGCAGCACAU